GAUUGGAGGUAAUCGUGUUGCCCCCCAUGGGCGAUGGGAUAUUGGGGUUUGUUGAUGUGUUCAAAUAUUUUCGGGUUUGAAGUGGCUUUACUGGCAGGAGGACGAGGUUGAGGGAUUUUCAAGGGCUCCGCUGGCAACUUCCACGGUCAACUAGGAGCAGUGGUGAAGCAGAGAGGCCAUGACGGGAUUUGUGAGAUUUUAGGAAAUAUUUGUUUGUGUGGUGAGGCCAAGUUUUUGGUGUUUUUGCCAAAUUUGUUGCUUCAAAAGUUGCCCCAUCGGGUUCGUGGCACGGUGAACGUGAUUGCGCAGUGACUGCACCUAAUUUACGGGGAAAAUUGCACUUACAUACCUAGUUUAGUGCGCAACCUUCAUCACAGGUAGGUGCCUACCACAGUUGCCGUAUUAGUGAAUGUUGGAACACAAACAGCACAAACCACAUAUUUUGCAGCAGAACUGAGCAUCACAACAGCAGAAAUGUUUUUCAAUAACAAGAUGUUACGACGUCUACUUACUGCUUCAACUAAGUGUAUUAGACGGCAACAAAAGUCCCAACGGGCCAGCAAUCUUCCAGAACUAACCAAGGAUCGCUAUGCGGUAAAACGGGGCGACUAUGCAAUGUUGAAUGGACAACAUUUGCAGUUCUUCACUGAUCUAUUGGGAUCUAAAAGAGUCUUAACGAGUGCGGAGGAAUGCCAGCCUUAUAACAUAGACUGGAUUAAAAACGUUCGAGGAUACAGCAGAUGCGUCCUCAAGCCAGAAACUACAGAAGAAGUGGCAAAAAUUCUCGCAUUUUGUAACAAUAAUCGCAUUGCUGUGUGUCCUCAAGGAGGCAAUACAGGCCUGGUUGGAGGCUCUGUUCCCGUUUUUGACGAAAUCGUACUUUGCACCUCUCAAAUGAACACGAUUUACAGUAUAAAUGAUACUUCAGGUGUUUUAGUUUGCCAGGCAGGUUGCAUAUUAGAAAAUCUGGAUAAGGCUCUGGAAGAACACGGUCUGAUGAUGCCGUUGGAUUUAGGAGCAAAAGGCUCCUGCCACAUUGGAGGAAAUUUGUCAACGAAUGCGGGCGGCCUCCGUCUUUUGCGAUAUGGAAAUCUGCACGGCACUGUCUUGGGGUUGGAGGCUGUAAAAGCUGAUGGUGAGAUUAUUGACCUGCUCAGUACAUUGAAGAAAGACAAUACAGGCUUCCACUUAAAGCAUCUGUUCAUUGGGUCGGAGGGAGCUUUGGGGGUUGUGACGAAAGUGGCCAUUCAAUGUCCAGCCAAGCCGAAAGCCACCAAUUUGGCCUUUUUGGGUUUGGAAUCUUUUAGCCACAUACUGAAAGUGCUGAAAAAGGCCAAAGGGGAUUUGGGCGAAAUUCUGGCCUCGUGUGAAAUGAUCGACCAAAGCACGUUGGAUGUUUGCACGUGCAACUUGAAACUCAAAUCGCCUCUUGCCGAAUUCCCCUUUUACAUGCUGAUUGAGACGCAUGGAAGCAGUGAUGCACAUGAUCAGGAAAAACUCAACCUAUUCCUAGAGGACGUGAUGUUAAGCAAAUUAAUUUUGGACGGAAUUGUAACUAAUGAGCCCAGUAAAAUGAAGAAUAUUUGGGAUCUAAGAGAAAGAAUCACUGAAGGAUUCGUACGUGAUGGAUAUGUGUUUAAAUACGACAUUUCCCUGCCGAUUGAACAUUUCUACUCUUUAGUUCCCGUAAUGAGGGAAAGACUAGCCGGCACCGAAGGCAUUGUUAGAGUCUCCGGAUACGGACAUUUAGGGGAUGGAAAUGUCCACUUUCAAGUAUCCUGUAAACAGUUUUCCAAUGAGAUUCUGCAUCAAAUUGAACCGUUUGUGUAUGAAUAUACAUCAAAACUAAGGGGCAGCAUCAGCGCAGAGCACGGGAUCGGCUUCAGGAAGCCGAAAUACAUCCAUUACUCGAAAAGCCCCGAAAGCAUCGUCAUUAUGAAAGAAUUGAAGAAAAUGUUUGAUCCUAAUGGUAUACUGAAUCCUUAUAAGGUGCUUCCAAUGUAAUUAUAAUAUGAUUUGCUGUAUUAUGGAUCUAAACACCUUGUAUAUGCAUUAAACUGACUAUUUUUUGGAAAA